CUCGUCGACCUUGUCCUUCGUUUCUUUCAUUCCGUGAUUACUGCUGUAUACAUUUUAAAUGUGUGAUUAAACGCGAUUGUCGCCGCUAUCGAACACUUAAACGUCGGACGCACGUUUGUUGACGUUUCAUUUGCCGAGACGAGGGUACAGCUGUCGCAUCCUCGGCGAAGGAGCGGAGUUCGUUUUAUUCGUCGCCGGAUGAUCGAGGGACCCGGAAGAAGAGUCAAUUGCUGGUAGAGGUCGAGUUCAGAAUGGCGCUAAUCUGGUGGGAGAAGAUAUUUUUGCUGAUAAUAGCGCUCAUCAGUUUGAAGAUCCUUGUAAGAAUCGGAAUUCUGGCGUGGAAGAAACUAAUUGCCCCGAGUCUCGGAUUUGGAAUAAAUUUGCGAACACAAGGGAAAUGGGCGGUGGUAACUGGUGCGACAGAUGGCCUUGGGAAGGCAUUUGCUAAGGCACUUGCCGAACAAGGUAUUGAUAUUGUCUUGGUCUCACGAUCUUUGUCCAAGUUGAAGGACGUAGCUACUGAGAUUGAGCAGAAAUAUUGCGUGGAAACUCGUGUCGUGGAAGCUGAUUUAACCGAAGGCCAGGUAGUUUACGCGGAAAUUGGCAAAGCAACGCAAGACUUGGAGAUCGGUGUUCUUGUCAACAAUGCUGGCGCAAGCUAUGACCAUCCUGAAAUGUUUACGAAUGUGUCGGAGGAAGUUCUCGCUAGAAUACUGCAAUUGAACGUGGCCGGAGUAACCGGAGUCGCGAGAGCGAUUCUGCCUGGCAUGAUGGAGCGAGGGAAAGGAGUACUCAUCAACGUGAGUUCGACGGCCGCGACCAUACCCAGCCCGUAUCUGUCCGUUUAUGCUGCCAGUAAAGCGUAUAUCGACAAACUCAGCGCUGAUUUGGCGACGGAAGCUGCGCCGAGAGGCGUCACCGUUCAGUGCAUUCUACCCGGCCCAGUUGCCACGAAAAUGUCUAAAAUCAAGAAACCGACAUGGAUGGCACCUACCCCGGAGACGUUCGUCAAAGCGUCGCUAAGAACAGUCGGCAUUGAAUCGCGCACGACCGGAUAUCCACCACAUUCCUUGAUCAUCGGCUUCAUAAACGCGCUGUGUUAUACGUGCGAGACGGGCGCGGUGUGGUUAGUGGCGAAAACAAUGCUCAACUUGAGGGGACGAGCCCUUCGGAAAAAGAUGAAACCCACCACAGUAGUGCGGGAAACUCCGGAAGAGGACACUUUCUAGUUGACUCGCGUGUUUUGUAAUGUCGUUUUCUCGUUGAUAGAUCUAGCACCAGUGGCACAUAUAAAAACGUUACAGUGAAGCAGUAAGCGACUCGGUCAAUCACGAUCGAGGACGUGUAGGACAUUAAUGUAAGCAGCAGCAAAUAAAAAAAUGUUGAUUUGCUUGCUGCUUACAUUAUGUUUUUUUUACGUGCCGUUUUCAGCAUAAUGCGGCGUACUAUUCCUGUUAGAGUCGUCCACAAAUUGUUUUUUGUUACUGUUUCGCACUUAGAUCUUCUUAUCUAAAUAUCUCUUUACAUUUGAAUCUAUUUAUAUCUGUUUUUCAACAAUUUCUUUUCAAAAAUAGACGAUUUUUACAGUUUUUCUAAUGCCUAUAAGGCGAAUUCAUAACCAAGAAGACAAGAUUUUGCGAAGACAAUGUUCCUCAAUGACAUAAAUCAUAUUAAAAAUACGUGCAUAAUUGUUAUUUCAUUUUAAUUGUAAAAAAAUAUUCUCUAAAACAGUCAUUUGUUUAUAAUAUCAAUUUAUUUAAACAAGACGAUUUUUUAUUACAUGAGCAUCCUCCUUCCUGUGAAGGAAUACGCUUUAGCAUUUCUCUCAUGACGGAACGGGGGAAGGGGAGGAGAGGAUAGUGUCCCUUUCUGAAUCUAAGAAGGAUGUUAUUAACGUACUAAACUUAAAAAAUAUAACAAUAAUCAGUAAUUC